UCCCAGUAACCUACCUGAUUGCAAGCCUGAGGCACCAUAGCUUGCUACUUAUUUCCUUUCAUAACCAGCUCGGCCAUCUCCAGAACCAAAAGAUGAAGAUCGGGAAAGCUCCUGAGCUCCUGAAGAAGGCUGCAGCGAUGUGCAAGAGCAAGACCACCAGGUUUCUCAUCCUUGCCUCGCUCCAGCGUCGUAGGAUGGCUACGGCUGCUGUGGUCUCCCGCAAGAUCGACACGCUCAUUGUGGCCGACUGGGAGAGAGCAGACCGCCACAAGGCUCUUGCGCUGGGCAUGGUCGAGAAGAGACCGGUUAUCGUCCAUGAGAGUGAAUUUGAGGCCAAUUUCUCUCAUCGCUUGGCGAUGUUCGGUCAAGAUAAUGGUCAUGAUUGCUUUCCAGCUGACCGAACACUGCAUCCCCUCUUCAACGAGGACCACGAGAAUUGUCGUUACACUGACGAUGAUGAUGUGGUACUUGAUUCAUGUGAUCAAGAUGAUGACGAUGAGCCAUCGGUCAUGGAUGUGAUCAAGAGAAACCGAGAAGUUGAAGGGUUGGAGUUCAACAUGGAGGAGGAUAUUGAUCAAGCUGCUGAUAUGUUCAUUAGGAGGUUCCGGCAACGGCUGAACGAGGAAUUUUAGGGUCUUGUUUGCACAUGCAUGUGCCUCGGUCUAGCGAGUUGUCUUCUUUUUAGGUGCCAACAAAUUAGAAAAUUUUGUAGAAAUCAAUGUGAG